AUGGCUGGCCAAGUGGAUGAAUCUUCAAGCUCCGUGAGGAAUCUCCGGCCACCGGUGGUCACUUUUAGCCCCAGCCCUUGGGGCGACCAUUUCACUCACUUCUCAUUGGACACUCAGGAGCAAGAAAAGUAUGCAGAAGCCAUCGAAACCUUGAAGAAUGAAGUGAGAGCUAAGAUUAAUGAUGCAAAAUCUAGCAAGUCGUUGAUUACUUUAAUCGCUACAAUUGAGCGCUUGGGAUUGGGAUAUCAUUUUGAGACAGAAAUUACUUCUAAACUCGGAACAAUAUACGAAAAUCUGCACGAUAAGAACGAAGACCACGACUUGUUUACUACUGCACUCGGAUUUCUUCUCUUGAGGCAAUAUCAGUAUCAAGCUUCUUGCAGUAUUUUCGAGAAAUUUAAGGAUGGAGAAAACAAAUUCAAAGAUGAUGUGGCGAAUGAUGUCGAGGGGUUGUUGAGCUUGUACGAAGCGGCCCAUGCUCGUAUUCAUGGGGAGGAUAUUUUAGACGAGGCCGUUCCGUUUACAGUACAUCACUUAAAGCGGAUAUUGGCAACCGAGACAAUAGAUUUCUCACUCAAAGAACAAAUUACGCGAGCUUUAGAUCAUCCCCAUUACAGGGGAGCUCCAAUCGUUGAGAUACGAAUUUUCAUUUCACUCUACGAAAAGAAUGAUUCGAAAGACCCAUUGCUUCUCAAACUCGCCAAGCUCAAUUUCAAUUUCUUGCAGAAUAUGUACAAGAAAGAGAUGUCCGAACUCACGAAGUGGUGGAUCCAAUUUGACCUUAAGUCGAAAUUGACGUAUGCACGAGACAGAUUGAUCGAAUGCUACCUCUGGGGAGCAGCUUUCCAUUUCGAACCUCAGUAUGCUUAUAUUCGAACAAUUGUUGCUAAGAACAUGCAAAUGGUUUCGAUAUUGGAUGAUACGUAUGACAAUUACGCUACACUUGAAGAAGCUCAACUCUUCACCGACAUUUUGGAAAAAUGGGAUGUAAAUGAAAUCGAUCGACUCCCAAAUUACAUGAAGAUUGUUUAUGAGUUCAUCAUGAGCAUGUACGAAGACUUUAAACGCGAUGCAGAGGAACAAGACAAAUCCUUUGUAGUUCCCUUUUACAUAGAAGCGGUGAAACAGCUUGCUCGAGCUUACAAUCAAGAACAAAUAUGGAUAAUGGAACGUCAAAUGCCUUCGUUUGACGACUAUAUGAACAACUCGGUUAUCACAAGUUGCAUGUAUGUGAUGUUCUCGGCUCUAAUCCCAGGCCUCAAAUCAGCUACCAAGGAUAUUGUUGAUUGGAUGGCGAGCGAGCCGAAAAUCAUAAUAUCCACUGCUAAGAUGGGUCGACACCUUGAGGACUUGGGCAGCGAAGAACGCGAGAAUAGAGAAGGAAAAUUGCCAACAGUGGUUGAUUGCUACAUGAAAGAGCAUGGCGUGUCGAGAAAAGAGGCUUUGUCGAAAUUCAAAGAGUUUGUGGAGAAUGGGUGGAAGAAUGUGAAUACAGAGUGGGUCGCCAAGAGCUCGGUACCAAAGGAAAUUGUCGUGCAGCUCAUUAACUAUGGGCGGGUGGCCGAGGUGACCUACAAGAACGCGAUAGACCAUUAUACGUUCCCUGAGAAGUUCAUGACUCCGGUUAUUACCGCCACAUUUGUUGACCCCAUUGCCAUUUGA